UUCCUUCUGCGGAAUGGAGGGCUUUCCCGCAUGUUUCUGCUUAUCUGUCUGGCAAACAGGCCUCUAUUUAUGAUAAUUUUCAUCAAAAUGAAGGAGAUGGUAGGAGGCUGUUGUGUUUGUUCUGAUGAGCGGGGCUGGGCGGAGAAUCCUCUUGUCUACUGUGAUGGACAUGGUUGCAAUGUGGCUGUUCACCAAGCGUGUUACGGAAUAGUGCAAGUGCCGACAGGGCCCUGGUUUUGUCGAAAAUGUGAAUCGCAAGAAAGAGCAGCAAGAGUGCGGUGUGAGCUAUGUCCACAGAGAGAAGGUGCACUGAAGAGGACUGAUACUGGAGUAUGGUGUCACGUGGUUUGUGCCCUCUUCAUCCCAGAAGCCUGGUUUGCAAAUGUACAGACUAUGGAACCUAUUGUCCUGAAAAAUGUUCCUCCAGAGAGAUUUAAUAAGAUUUGUUAUAUAUGUGAGGAACACGGAAGAAACAAAGCAGGAGCAGGGGCCUGCAUGCAGUGUAACAAAAAUGGCUGUAAACAACACUUCCAUGUUACAUGUGCUCAAGCUCGUGGUCAGCUGUGUGAAGAGGCUGGUCACUAUGGUGACAAUGUGAAAUAUUGUGGGUACUGCGCUUACCACUACAAAAAAUUGAAAAAGGAUGGGAACAUAAAGACCAUUCCAGCGUUUAAGCCCGUGGGGUCAGACUCAGGUACUUCAGACUCCUCCCCUGAGAAAACACCGCUCACCAAAGCAGACAAGAAGGAGCAGAAGAGGCCUGGGCUGUACAGUGUAUCCUCAGAAAGCAUAGUGACCAGCAUGAGAUUAAAAGAAAGUGCUAUUACCUCUAUCUCAGGUACAGACAAUAUUCACAACAGAGACAAGGGGAGUAACUCUGUGGCUAUCAGUGGUGCUGUUCACCAAGUUUCUCCCGCCAGAGCAGUGGGCUCAGACAGUGGCAGCUCUUUAAUAUCACCUACGGAAUUCCUCGGUUUUACAGAAUCUGAUGUUCAUAGUGCGACGCUAAACAAUUCCUUUUCCUCAGGCAGUCUCAAAAGUGGCCUUUCAUCUAACAUAGGCUCUGCGUCUCUGAGCCAGGGUGAACAGAGACUCAUUCUGGAAGCCAGACUAACUGUACCUCCAAAAGUGGAGAGUAAGAGUUGUUGUUCUGGGAAGGGUGGCUUCUCUCCAUCAUCAUCGGCAGUGAACCACAUGCCUUCUGAUCAUCCUGAACCAUCAUCAUCAUCGUCACCAUCACCGUCAUCCAACCAUCAUACAUCGCCUUCAUUGCAGCAAAACGGCACACAUUCAUCAUCGCAGUUUGCCAAGCACUUUGAAAACCUCAACAGCAAACUACCAGUGGUGUCAUUACAACAGGGGGGCGUGGAUAAUGGAGAUGGACCGGCCAGUCUGAUGAUGAAGCGGUCGAGGUCAAGACCAGAUGAAAAAGGUGAUAAGAAGAAAGCCCGCAAAGAGAAGGAGUCAGGGCAUCUACUGCAACAUGGCCAGAAGGGGAGGACGAUCAAAGACAUGUUAUCGGGAAAAGGGGAGGAGACCAACGCGAAAAAACUGGUCAAGAAGAAACCGCCAAACUGUGUAACAACACAAAACUGUAGGGGAUCUAACCUGAACACCAGUGUAUUUGGGGGCCGGCCAUAUUUCCAGAGUCUUACAGCCUCUGGGCCUAUCUCACUUACAAACCUCACCAAAACAGGGGAGACAACUCCAGACGAUAUGACCAAUGGACCAGCCUUAUUUUCUCCUCCUAAACCAGCCUUCUGUCAUAGCACCAACAAAUCCACAGACCUCAACUCAGGGAGUUUACCAGUUACUAUGGAGGAGCUAUUAGAAAGGCAAUGGGAACAAGGCUCACAGUUUCUCAUGGAACAAGCUCAACACUUUGACAUUGCCUCAUUACUGAACUGUCUGAACCAGCUGAAAUCGGAGAACAGUCGUUUAGAGGGGCUGCUGAACAGCCUUGUGGCACGGCGCGACCACCUGCUAGCCGUGAACGCACGACUGGCCGCGUCUGCCCCCAGCCCUUCCAGCAGCGUUACACCCAGCACAUCUCCGGAAUCACCGCUCAUUCAGAAGGGGUCUCGGGUCAGUACCCCUGGGGCUCACAGCGACAUAGGUGCCACUCAGGACUGUUCAAGCAAUAAGAGUGGUGCUGGUAUCACCUCAGGUCAUGCCACGCCCCCGUCACAAACUGUACAAACAAAAAAAGACAUUCCCACUCCUAAAAAACUGACCAGCCUUGUGAACAAAGUCAACUGUAGCCUUAGCCCAGAUACUCGUGUUUUUACCACAGCACCUCCCGGAGGACCUAGCCCAAGUCAUGUGCAGUUACCUGCCCUUGCCCCAUCACAACCCCAGAUCCAGACAUUUGUGGUACAACAGUCCACAGGAUUAACCAAUAAGACUAUCCAGGCUCAACAGCCCCAGUUUAUGUAUCCCAUGCUUGGAGGACAGCAGCCACUCAACAUCACUUUAUCUCAAGUGCCCUCUAUGUCCAUGAUCACAGCCAUGCAUUCAUACCCCAUCCCUGUGCCCGCAACUACAGCCCUGUCUGCAGUCAGUAAGAGUAAGCCAUCAGACAUACAGCCUAAAGACAAGAGCUGACCCCCACUUGUGCCCCAUCCCUGUGUCUGUGACUACAACCCUGUCAGUAAGACUAGGCCGUCAGACAUAGUCUAAAGACAAGAGCUGACCUCCACCUGUGCCCCGUCCCUGUGUCUGUGACUACAACCCUGUCAGUAAGAGUGAGCUGUCAAACAUACAGCCCAAAGACAAAAGCUGACCCACACUUGUGACAAUCGCCCUGUGUCUGUGACUACAGACCUGUCUGCUGUCAGUAAGAGUCAGCUGUCAGACAUACAGCCUAAAGACGAGCUAACCCACAAUUGUGCCCCAUCCUGUGUCUGUGACUUCAGCACUAUCAGAAAGAAUUAACUGUCAGACAUACAGCCUAAAGACAAGAGGUGACCCACACUUGUGCCCCGUCCUGUGUGUGACUACAACCC